ACCCGGAAGGCCCUUUGCAUUGGGACUGCUAGUUUUCUGUGGGUCACACGCAAGGUCUCUCAUGGAGGGUGUCACGGUGGUCCUCCUCCUUAUCUGGACUCUGAUAUCUCCCAGCAGCAACGGCAAAGCCUGGCCCCCACACACGGUCUGCCGGGAUGGAAACUUGGAAGUGUUCUACCAGAGUUGUGAUCCACUACAAGAUUUUGGCUUUUCUGUUGACCAGUGUUCUAAACACUUGAAGUCAAAUCUCAACAUUAGGCUUGGAAUCCUUCUGAGAGAGGACAUCAAAGAGCUGUUUCUUGACAUAGCUCUCUUCACUAAAGGAUCGUCCAUUUUGAAUUUCUCCUAUCCCAUCUGUGAAGAGGACCUACCGAAGUUUUCCUUCUGCGGGAGAAGGAAAGGGGAGCAGAUUUAUUAUGCUGGCCCCAUCAAUAAUCCUGGAUUUGAAAUUCUCGAGGGAGAAUACCAGGUCUUGCUGGAACUGUAUAAUGAGAAGCGCUCCACCGUGGCCUGUGCCAAUGCUACGGUCAUUUGCUCCUGAGAAGCUAAGACGCGGAGCAUGCUCUGUCUCGUGGGAACUGCAGGCUGCCCACACCAAACCUGCUCUGGAAGAAACACCAGCCGACAACAGAGAGGCUCAUCAGAGGCGCAGGUGCAGAUUUUAGCCCCGGGGGCCAGACGUCCCCAGACUCCACAGGUGUACGUGCUUCUAAAGGAGCCUCCUGAUGGUCGCCAGCCCGUGGGUCCACCCUCCUCCAAACGGCCAGGCUCUCCUGCUUCUCAGCUCCUCGGGAGCACUUUUUCAGUUACCCAGAAUAAAGAAAUCUGGCCCACA